AUGGCAGAGGAAGCCAAGCAGUUCAGCUUCCCCUUCCCUUACCUCUAUGAUGAGACGCAAGAGGUGGCCAAGGCCUACCAUGCUGCAUGCACGCCGGACUUCUUUCUCUUCAAGAAGGACGGCCGCCGCCCCUUUGAGCUCGCGUACCACGGCCAGCUGGACGACUCCCGCCCCAGCAACGGCCGCCCAGUCACCGGGAAAGACUUGCGUGCUGCUCUGGAUUGUGUGCUCUCCGCACGACCGGUCCCCAGUGCUCAAAGGCCCAGGACCUGCGUGCUGCUCUGGAUUGUGUGCUCUCUGCACGACCGGUCCCCAGUGCUCAAAGGCACAGGUGAGCUUGCCUUUACCCACCUUUACGUUUGGGAUCGUUCUCUGCUCACCACCAAGGACCUGCGUGCUGCUCUAGACUGUGUGCUGUCGGCAAGACCCGUUUCCAGUGCUCAAAGGCCCAGGUGA